GGUCUCCCUCGGUGUCCGGCAUCAUGGCGACGGCCGCUCUGGCGGUCGCGGCCCCGAGCCUGGCUCUGCUGCGGACCGGCGGAGCUGUGCAGCUGCUGCGGGGAGGAGUCCGGGAGUUACUCCGGCCGCAACUUGAGAGGGCUACAGCCAGUCUGCAGCGCGACUUCAGCCUCUCCCAUCGUCGGAACACGGUCAUCGUGGAGCGCUGGUGGAAGGUGCCGCUGGCCAAGGAGGGCCAGAAGCCGCGCCUAAAGCGGCGACACCGGGUCUACAGGCUGGUGGAGGACACGAAACACGGGCCCAAAGAGAACCUGGAGCUCAUCCUCACGCAGUCCGUGGAUGAACUUGGAGUACGAGGUGACCUAAUCUCAGUGAAGAAAUCUUUGGGUCGUAAUCGACUCCUUCCUCAGGGACUAGCUGUAUAUGCAUCCCCUGAAAAUAAGAAGCUCUUUGAAGAAGAGAAAUUGCUAAGACAAGAAGGAAAAUUAGAGAAAAUCCAGACCAAGGCAGGAGAAGCAACAGUAAAAUUUCUGAGAAGCUGUCGCCUAGAAGUGGGAAUGAAAAACAAUGUCAAAUGGGAGCUGAACCCUGAAAUAGUUGCCCGCCACUUCUUCAAGAAUCUUGGUGUUGUAGUUGCCCCACAUGCAUUGAGGUUACCAGAGGAGCCUAUCACUCGGUGGGGCGAGUACUGGUGUGAGGUGACAGUAAAUGGACUUGACACUGUGAGAGUUCCUAUGUCUGUGGUCAUGUUUGAGAAGCCCAAGACCAAAAGAUAUAAGUACUGGUUAGCCCAGCAAGCCGCCAAGGGCCUGUCCCCCACCAACUCCCAGACAGUCUGAAUCUCCUCUCCAGUUCUACAAAGCACAGUCAGGAAGAGUGGAGUGAAAAUGAGCGGGCACCUUGGCCUCACUCCUAGCGCUGACAAAAUGUGGAUUUUAGAGAGCAUAUGGACAUGCCAGACUGAAAGGCAUAUGUCUCUGCUGACUCUUCCAUAUUACCAUCUGCACCUCUCAACAGUUCUCACAUCCGACUUUAUUGGGACAGUUCUGCUCAGGAAGUACUAGACUGUAGGUUUAAUAUGUUGCAUAGCAGUGGGCUAAAACAGCCUAGAUCCUGGAGUUUACUGGAGCAAAUGGAAGAGCUAGCCAUCAUCUCUAGUACUUGGCUCUCAUCAUCUUAACCGAAACUGAACAUUUAUAUAUCAUGUAGAAAUAAAGACAUGUUCUUUUU